AUGCCCUUCUUGAGUCCCGUGGACAUCUUGCUUGUCGCCUUUGCUUGUGCUCCCAUCGUCUACUUUGUGCGCUCACGUCGAGCAACUAGCAACACACCAGCAUCCACAGAGAAACAGGGGGAGCCCAAGUCCAUCAUGCAAUCUGCCAGGGACGACCUUGCGCCUCCGAAAGCCGACCCGUUCACUCUUGAUGAGCUCAAGCAGUUCGAUGGGUCGGAUGACUCUAAGCCUAUCUAUGUAGCGAUCAAAGGCACUGUCUUUGACGUUACGCGCAAGCGGGACACAUACGGGACGGGCAAGAGCUACAACCUCUUCGCAGGAAAGGAUGCAUCAAAGGCGUUGGGGAUGUCGAGUCUCAAAGCAGAGGAUGCCAUCUCGGACUACAGCGAACUGUCUGAAGGAGACAUGAAGACAUUGAAUGAUUGGCACGACUUCUUUUCGAAACGAUACGAUGUCGUUGGGAAAGUCAUCGAUCUCCCACCGCACGCGAAGCCUACGUCGACCUCAAACCUGUGA